UCGUCGCGUCCACACUAGCCAUGUUGCUGCUAACUAUAAUAUCUUGGAUCGUGUCUAUUGCUUUGAAACUAUUCUUCUUCCUAGUACUCCUGCUUGUAGCCUUAAUUCUAGGUUACAGGUUUUUUUAUGAGCCAGUUAAGGGUGUGUGCGUGUGCAAGCGUGAUCUGAAGGGAAGGACUGUGGUAGUCACUGGAGGAAACUCCGGAAUAGGUCUGGAAACUGCUAGAGACUUAGCCAAGCGAGGGGCUAAAGUUAUAAUAGCUUGUCGAGAUGUCAAGAAAUCCGAAGACGCAGUCACAGACAUAAUCAACUCGACACAGAAUUCUAAAGUGAAAUUUAAACAAUUAGAUUUGUCAAAGUUUGAAAGCAUAAGACGGUUCGCGAAAGAUUUCAACGAAACUGAAGAAAGGCUUGAUAUUCUAGUCAACAACGCAGGCUGCGCGGGAGUCAAGAAGAAACCGACUGAAGAUGGCAUCGACACUGUCAUGCAAGUGAACUACUUCGGACCAUUCUUACUAACCAAUCUUCUACUAGACAAACUAAAGGCAUCCUCACCUAGCCGCAUAGUCAUUGUGUCUUCCUACGCACAUGUUAUGGCGAGACUCAACGUUGAAGAUUUAAAAGGACUUAAAACUAAAGGCUACUGGACUAGGUAUGCUAACAGCAAACUAUGCAAUGUGCUCUGGGCUAAAGCAUUGGCUAAGCAUCUUACAAAUGGAGUUACAGCGAAUGUCUUACACCCGGGAGUGGUCAAAACUGAUAUAUUCAAGCGAUUGCCAGAUGUGUACAGAGAUAUAGUGCUGAAGAUCAUAACUUUGGUAUUUAAGACUGCAAAAGAAGGUGCUCAGACGACUAUUCACCUUUGUGUCGCUCCAGAGUUAGUGAAUGCCACAGGCGGUUAUUACAGAGACUGUAAACCUGAAAAAGUAUCCAGUGUAGUGACUGAUGAGUUAGUUGAUAAAGUGUGGAAGGAGAGCCUUAAGAUUAUUCAGAACUAGAUUGUGUAGGACAAGUGUAUUAUGUGGCAUAAUAGAAGUGACAUGAAGAAAAUCCAUAACA